AUUCCAGCCGUUAGCACACUUUGAAAGAUCCAAUCCGACCAAAAACAAAGUCCAAAACCCCCAAAACAAAAUCAAAAGCUGGCAACAAUGAUCGAUCCUUGCUUUUACUUUUCCCCAGUCUUUGCCCUACGUGGACACGUGUCACUUUGCACUUCAUCGGUCACCAUCAUUCUAUCCCUCCUCUCUCUUUACUUAUUACUUCCACCACACGUGCUGUUCUUCCUUUUUCUCGCCGGAUUUUCCUCCUUCUGGACCCUAACAACACCACCAUAUUUUCUUUCAGUUUCUCUCCCAUACACUCGAAAAAUCCUAAGGCAAACAUAAAACAAAAGGAUCCCAUCAAUAUUUUUUUUUUUUUUUGUUUUCACUGAAAUUUUUCAUAUUUUGAAACAUCCAUCAUUUUCUCCCUCCCCAAACACUUCACAGAAACCAGAAAGUAAAUAAUGUUUGAAUUGAUUUCUACAUUUUUAAACAAAAAAAACAAAGAAAACCCAUCAAUAUUUUCUUUUCUUUUUUUAUUUUGGCUUCUACUGACGAAAUGUUAAUAUUUUGAAACUCAAACUAAAGGCUUCUUGUUAUUUAUAUAUUUUUGAUAAUGGGAGGUGUGACGUCAACGAUGGCAGCGAAGUUUGCGUUUUUUCCGCCGAAUCCACCGUCGUAUACGGUGGUUGAGAGUGGAGGGAAGCUGGUGAUGAAUGGGGUAGUGGCGAGGGAGAACGUCGACAUUUUAAAGGUGGGAACUAAGAGAGGAAAUCAGGUGGUGGCGGUGUAUAUAAAGAACCCUAGAGCUGUGUUGACUGUGCUUUACUCACACGGUAAUGCAGCUGAUCUGGGCCAAAUGUAUGAUCUUUUCAGUGAACUCAGUUUACAUCUCAGAGUUAACUUAUUGGGGUAUGAUUAUUCUGGAUAUGGGCAGUCAACUGGGAAGCCAACUGAACAGAACACCUAUGCUGACAUAGAAGCUGUAUAUAGAUGUCUUGGGGAAAAUUAUGGAGUGAAGGAGGAAGAUGUUAUCUUAUAUGGUCAAUCGGUUGGGAGUGGACCGACUCUAGAUUUGGCAACUCGGUUACCUAAAUUGAGGGCUGUGGUACUUCACAGCCCAAUCUUGUCUGGUCUAAGAGUAUUGUAUCCAGUGAAGAAUACUUACUGGUUUGACAUAUAUAAGAAUAUCGACAAAAUACCGUUUGUCAAUUGUCCUGUUCUGGUACUCCAUGGGACUGCUGAUGAUGUUGUGGAUUGGUCCCAUGGUAAGCAGCUUUGGGAACUUUGUAAAGAGAAAUAUGAACCUUUAUGGGUUAAAGGAGGGAAUCAUUGUGACUUGGAACUAUAUCCACAAUACAUCAAGCAUCUCAAAAAAUUCAUUUCAGCCAUAGAGAAAUCUGAUCUAAGAAAAGGUUCUGCCCCACUUCCUGAUCAACCAGAUAAGCCACGGAACAGCACAGAUUUUAGGGAGACAUCGAGACCAAGCACAGAUCAGAGAGAAACGUUUUGGGCUAGUACUGGCCAAAGAGAAAUGCCACAGUUAAGCACUGAUUGUAGAGAAAAAGGAAUAACCAGCACUGAUAAGAGAGAAAAAUCAAGAAAGAGCGUGGAUCGGCCUGGCAAAUUCUGCAAUGGCUCGGACCCACCUGAGAAAGCAAGGAACAGCAUUGAUCGCUUUGGGGAGAUGAUGAGAUCUGUUGGAUUGUGCAAUGUUGGUUGUUUCAGGCCCACAGCUACUGCUGUCUGAGUAGGGGAAAGAUCAGACUACUAAUUGAGAGGUUUCAAUUUGCUAUGAUAAUGUUGAAUUGAAAAUGCCCCGUGAUUGAUUUGGCUGUAUUGAUUUUCAUCUUUCAAGUGACAACAGUUGUUGGAGGCUUGUCCUUGUAUGAUUUUGGAAUUUUCAUGCAUGCACGUAUGGUGCCAUGUUCAAUGAAACUUUAGGGCUUUUGUUUGGAGGGGCUGAAGAUGUAAUUAUCUUUUCAUGUUGAUGUCUCGAUAGGGAAUAACUUGGGUUUUAUAACCUUGUAAUUUGCUUGCAAAGUUUGUAUAUUUCAUGUUCAUAUUCUGAAUCAAAGAGGAUGGGUAAAGGAGAGGUUCGGGACGAAACCAGAGUGGAUCUGCGGCAAAGCGGAGCCUCCGGAGGUAGGGCGGCUUGUGCUGUGCCGUCAUUUCGGAUUCCCUACUGAAGGAAGUUUCAUUCAACCAACUAUCUUUUUGAAGCAGUUGGCAUAAGCACUCAGUCUCUUUCAUCUGAACACUUAAAACCUGAUUCCUGAUAUUCCUUUUUGAACAUAUAUUAGCCGAAAAAAUAAAAAAACAUAUUAGGUUAUAGAAUAUAAUACUAAUUCUUUUCAUUAGCUCAUAAUCUUGACACUCAUAGGUCUAUAUUUCUCAUGAGGUUGAUACCUUCCUACCAGUGAAUAAGGAGCGAGAGACAAAAGUGAAGAAAAACAGACCACCAUUGAUUAGACCAAACAAAUUUAAACACUGAAAU